AUGUAUCGUCAAGAGGCUACUACCGUUACAAUUCUCGCGCAGGCACCGCCCAACUGGCCUGCCCCUGCCUUCGAUAUUUCUGGUUUUACCUCUGCCUUCCGCCCUAGUCGGAGAGCCCAACGAAGCAAUACUACCAUGGGUUCCAUAGAUACUAAUAGUACCGACGCCUGGCACACCUUCGCAAUUCCACGACUCGGCAUUCCGGCGAUGCGAAUCACUGAUGGCCCGAACGGUGCUCGCGGCACGCGCUACUUCAAUGGCGUCCCCUCCGCCUGUCUCCCGUGCGGAACAGCGCUCGGCGCAACGUUUGACACAGACCUUCUCUUCAAACUCGGCCGUCUUCUCGCAGCGGAAUGCAAGGCCAAAGGCGCACACGUACUUCUAGGCCCUACUAUUAAUAUCCAGCGGGGGCCGUUAGGUGGGCGUGGGUUUGAAUCUUUUUCUGAGGAUCCGGUACUCUCGGGGAAUUCGGCGGCAAGCUACUGCGCGGGCGUAAAGGAUCUUGGGAUAGUUCCAACGCUCAAGCAUCUGGUUUGCAAUGACCAGGAACAUGAGCGGAUUGCGGUCAGUGCGAUGGUGACCGAGCGGGCGCUGAGGGAAAUUUACCUCAUGCCGUUCCAGCUUGCAAUCAAGAACGCGAGGCCGGGCGCCUUGAUGACUUCCUACAAUAAGGUGAACGGAUUGCAUGCAAGCGAGGAUCCUGGUUUGUUAAACCACAUUAUUCGGAAGGAAUGGGGGUUUGAGGGGUUGAUAAUGAGUGACUGGUUUGGUACCUACAGCGUCGCGAGUGCAGUCAAUGCAGGGCUUGAUCUCGAAAUGCCUGGGCCAACGCGAUUUCGCGGCCCAGCACUGAUGCACGCCUUGACCUCCAACAAAGUGUCGGAGAAAACACUGGAUGACCGCGUCCGCAAGGUGCUAGAGCUAGUGCAGCUCACCUCCAGAGCUGGAAUCCCCGAGUAUGCGCCCGCUCAAAAAUUGGACAGAGUUGAGGAUCGUGUGCUCCUCAGACAAGCCGCAGCAGAUUCGAUUGUGCUGUUGAAAAACGCCAAUGAGGUACUCCCACUCGACCCACGGAAAAAGACACUUGUUAUAGGGCCGAACGCGGAUAUCGCCGCCUAUUGCGGGGGUGGGUCGGCGUCACUGCUGGCGUAUUAUACGGUCACACCUAGACAAGGGAUCGCAGAGAAGUGCGAGGAGGUGGUCUUCUCACAGGGCUGCUACGGACACAAGGAGCUGCCGCUACUUGGCGACCAUCUGAAAACAGAGACUGGGGAGCGCGGGUAUACGUUCCGGGUCUAUACCGAGCCUGCAACCUACGAGGACCGCCAGCCUGUUGAUGUGCUGCACAUGACCAACAGCUGCGCUUUCUUGAUGGACUACAGCCAUCCCAAAAUCUCUGGGGACACCUACUACGCAACGCUCGAGGGGAGGUUUGAACCAACCGAAAGUGGUGUAUAUGAAUUAGGACUCACCGUGGCCGGCACAGGAUUGCUGUAUAUUGACGGUGAACUGGUCAUAGAUAACAAGACCAAGCAACGACAUGGCACAUCCUUCUUUGGUAUUGGAACAGUGGAGGAGCGGGGAGAGAGAUACCUCGAGGCCGGAAGGCAACAUCACGUCUUUGUUGAGUACAGCACGGCCCCGACUUCUAACUUGAAACAUCACGGUGUAGUCUCGUUUGGUCCGGGUGGCGUACGGCUCGGCGGGUGCCGAAAGCUAGACGCCGAAACUGCUAUCAAGCAGGCAGUACAGCUAGCAGCAGAGACAGAGCAGGUCGUUGUGUGCGUGGGGAUGAAUGGUAACUGGGAGAGUGAGGGCUUUGACCGACCCCAUAUGGACCUUCCCCCGGGGACAGAUAAUCUCGUUAGGGCUGUGAUAGAGGCUCAGCCAAAUGCGGUUAUUGUCGUGCAGAGUGGUACCCCAGUCACGAUGCCCUGGGCCGAUCAAGCAAAGGCCCUAGUCCAGGCCUGGUAUGGAGGCAGCGAGGGGGGCAAUGGCAUUGCCGAUGUUCUCUUUGGUGACGUGAAUCCUUCCGCCAAACUCCCCCUCACCUUCCCCCGUGAUAUCGCGCACAACCCUUCGUAUCUAAGCUACCGCUCGGAGCGUGGAAGGGUCCUUUAUAGUGAGGACGUCUACGUGGGAUACCGUUACUACGAUAAGGUCAAACAAGCGCCGCUCUUCCACUUUGGCCACGGGCUUUCAUAUACAACUUUCAAACUGUCCGGUCUCAAUGUGCAAGAGACAGACCCUCAGGCAUCAGAUAUCAGUGCAGAGGUUGUCCAAAUUUAUGUGCGGCCACCUACCACUGCCAGCGUUGGGCGUCCUGUGCGCGAGCUCAAAGGAUAUGAGAAGACUAUGCUGCAUCCUGGGGAGACCAAAGAGAUUUCAGUUACCGUUCCCAUGGGGGUUGCAACUAGUUUCUGGGAUGAAGGCCGCUCCGCGUGGCUGAGUGAAAAAGGAACAUAUGCCAUUGAGGUUGUGGGAACUGGCGAACGGAACAUGCUCUCUGCACCUCUCUGUGUUCAGGUCUCUCGGUAUUGGAAUGGGCUGUAG